AUGUUACUGUAAUAUUUGUUUCGUCUAUCAUCGAAUGGGUAAUCGUAAAGGAAUUUGUUUAUAAAUGCUUAACUUAAUAAACGCGGUAUCUCUUAUCCUACCAUAUGUUAGAAACAAAUAAUGCGCAUUAUGACGCGUGUGGAACCAACUAAAUAACGUUUUACCGGAUCGUAUGUUGCAUUGAAACAUUAUAAACAAUCCGCUAUUUAGAUUUGUCAACCUUCACAGCGUAGGUAAGAGCAAUAUAUAUACGGAUGUGGGUGGGGGCGCACACCAGUCUAGCGGUCUGUAGCUAUGUAUAUGUGCAGUGAUAUGUAUGUACGCCUGUUAUUUCUUAUAGUUUGUGCAAAAUUAUCCAGUUCAUACAAAGUAAGUGGUUCACCAACAUGGCGCUCGUCGAAUUGUUCAAUGUUAAAACUACCAGGUCGGGAUAUCAACCCGUUGUACAAGGUUCGAUGCUUCGGUAUGUCUGUUAUACCAACAGGAACUUUGCCUCCAGUAGAAAUAAUGGAUUUAUCUGGAAACAGUUUAACGCAGAUUGAAUCUCGAAGCUUCCAGUUUUGCUGUGCAUCAGUCAGCUACACAACGUGGCUCAGUUUCGCGAAUAAUUUCUUAACAAAAGUCGGCAAUGGUUCGUUCGAUUGUUUUGUUUCAUUGAAGAAUCUGUCGCUUCAGUUAAACAGUCUCGUUCAGUUGGAAGCUGGAACUUUCCAUGGUCUUUACGGCCUUGAAACAUUACUACUAAAGUCAAAUCUGUUCAAAGAAAUUCCCUACGAAUCCCUGAAACGGUUGGAUAAUCUAGAAACACUCGAUUUAAGCGGGAAUAGUUUCAGAAGUUUUGCUUUCGGCGAUUAUUUCUCUCAAAAGAACAAACCAAGAUCGUUAAAGAAACUUUACCUGGCCGACAUGGACGAUUUAAACAUACAUAAAUCUCCUGAAAGUUGUUGUGGAGGUUCAUGCCGAACUUACUACGAAGUCCUGGAUUUUAGACAGUUAUAUAAUGUCAAAAUGGACACGGAGUUAUUUCGUUGUUACCAUAUCGAUAAUUUGUAUUUCUCUGACUUUCCUAUGCUUUACGAACCAUCAAUACUGGACGCACUGCGAUGUUCACACGUAAACAACCUGCAUGUAAAUAUGGGGGGCGAGCAAGCCAAACAAAGGCACAUACACCUUACAGAUGCGUCGUUUAAAGGCUUAACUUACCAAAGUUGCAACGAGACGAUUGUUCGUCGUAUUGGGCUCAACUUUGCGCAAGUAACUGAAGUUCGCAAGUUUGUGUUUUCCAACAUAAAAGGACUGGAAUACAUUGACUUGUCUAAGAACCAAAUCCACCGAGUAGACCCCGAGGCGUUUGCGAACGUAGACAAUCUACGCGGAAUAAAUAUCUCGCACAACAAUCUACAAUCUGUACCGAUGAUAAAAUACACGUACAAUGUAACUUUGAUUGAAUAUAUUGAUCUGUCAUGGAACAAAAUAUUUCAAGACAAAAUUUCUAUAGGAAUUGCACCAAAGCGUUUUAAAUCAAUAUACAGUCAAACUAAGUCGGUUGUUCUUGCGGGGAGUUGGUUCACUUAUGCAUUUGCCGAUUACGGCGUGUCUGCUUUGGAAAGCUUGAACAUUUCACAUUGUAAAAUUGGCUGGUUCGAUCUCGGACACAUGUCGCAAUUAAGCGCAUUACGAUUGCGGGUUAUGGACGUAAGCUAUAACAAUCUAUUGGAAAUACCAAUUGACUGGUUAAAAUAUUUGCACCAUUUGGAAUAUUUUGAUUUCAGUGGCAAUCAUGUUGUAUAUAACGAUGAGGUUAAUAACGCAUUCAAACAUCACGUUAAUUUGACUUGCAUUAAGUUCAACCAAGUUCUAAACAUCGAGCAAGGAUUAAACACAGGCAUCAUGUUCUCAGGGUUAAUGGUAAAACAACUUUACUUCAUUCGUUCCAACAUUAGAAGCAUUUCAUCCUCUGCCUUUACUGGUUCUGUUCAUUUGCGACUUCUUGAUGUAUCUUAUAACAAGAUCACUGGUUUAGAAAAAAAUAUUUUCCAAACAAACCAUUUGCUGGAGGAACUAAAUCUUCGCGGGAAUCAAAUCCGUGUUCUGGAUCCUCCCAACACGUUUUCUUCGCUUGUAAAUCUCAGGUCCCUUGACAUUGAAAACAACAGAUUCCUUUGCAAUUGUGACAUCAUACCGCUUCAACAAUGGAUCAUAGACAACUUAUAUUUAACAGUGGGCAGAAGUCGCAUAUUAUUAAGAAACGUCACUUGCUUUCUGCACAGUAGCCGUAGUUAUGUUGAUAUUAUAGAAUGGGAUUCGGAAGCAUUGUGCUGGAAAAAAGCAACCAAAAUUGUCGGUAUAGUUCUCGGCUGUUUGUUACUUUCAACUGCUUGUGCUGUAUUUGGUUUCUCGGUAAGAUUCCAAGCUUUGUUCUGGUAUGAGAUGAUCAAAUCAAAACUUUCCUACCAUAAAGCAUUACCAAGGAAUAGAAGCGACGUUUAUGAAUACCAGGCGUAUUUGUCUUGCGUUCCUGAUUCAGUGGACGAAGCGUGGGUCGUGCGGCAGCUACUUUGCGCUAUUGAGAACCCGCCAUACGAACUAACUCCCAUGAAACUUUGCUUUCCUUCCCGUGAUUUUAAACCCGGUUGUCCAAAAAUGGUUUCAGCUGCUAAUAAUUUAAGAUUAAGCAAACACGCGUUGGUCAUUCUGUCCAAGGACUACGUAGCCAACAGCUGGACAAGAUUUGAACUGUCCAUGGUAUCUGAGAUGUGGCGAAACAGUGAGCGAUCGGCGGAAUCUUUGAUUGUUGUUUAUUUGAAACGACACGGUGAAAGUUUGGUUGGCGUUGAACGACUCCCAGUAUUAGGUGUGAGGAGAAACGCUUGGUUGGUUUGGCCGACAGAUGUAGCGGAUCGUCCAUCGUUCUGGAUGAAGCUGAGACGAAGUCUUGCAAAACAAACAAAUAAAAGCCUGUUAUUGUAGCAGAUAAAAACAAUAUGGUAAUCAAUUAAAAUAUACAAACUCUGUUCGAUUUUUCCGUUUUCAUGUUUUUUUUACCGUAUACCUGUAUUAUUCAAGUAUGUUUAUGGUUUAAUGUAUUGUCUCAAUUAAAAGUAUCGGUGCAUGUCGUACCAAUGUAAAAUAAAUUCUAUUUAACCACGA